GUCUCUUUCCAACAAUACUCUGAGUGGGUCUAUUCCAUCCACCAUUGGUAGCCUGAGGAACCUCGUGUCAUUGAAUCUAUCAAGUAACAGUUUCAGUGGUUCGAUUCCAUCCACCAUCGGCAACAUGAUCAGCCUUGAACGCCUUGAUGUCAGUUGGAACAAUCUCACUGGCCAGCUCCCUCCAACAUUGGGCAAUAUUCCUCUUCUUUUGUACCUGGAUAUAAAUUCAACGGCAAUCACAUGCCCUCCUGACUACGGCAGCUGCGUCGUCCUACAGACCAGU